UAGGUUGUCGGAUGCAGCCAGCUACGCUAACUAAAAGUUAACCGCCACAUUGGUUAGUGUGCCAUUUACCGAGGUCGAGGACAGAGACGAUACAUCUGAAAUCAUGAAGGGGGGAAGCGAGUCGUAUUACCGCGUGUGUGUUAUAUAAAUAAAUAGCAAGUGAAAAGGGAAAAUGUCAACAACGCGGCCCCUCCCAGGCAUGAAGCGAAUCACCGAGCUAACCUACGCAGUGCUGCCGGGGAACAGCCGCGCUCCUGCCGCUAGUAAACUCUUGCCAGAGGCGUGGACCGUCGAUGAAUUUACAGUGCACGAAGGCAAAGAACCUGAGUUAAAAUGCGCAAAGUCUCGAGUCGAACAAGUUUUUCAGGUAGCAUUUACAAUUAUUGGCCUGUUGGAUCACACUGUUGGAGCCCACGGAAGUAAAGCGUCCAGGCAAAUCUGGCUUCAGCUGAAGGGGAAAAAAGAGGAUGUAUCGAAAGCAAAGGAGUACGUUAAGGGCCUUUGUGACCCAGAGCUGCAGAAAGAAGAGAGAUAUCCAGUGGACAUGCAUUGCAUCUUCGCUGGUGCUCGUGGCCUCUUUCUGGACCAUCUGCUGCGAGACACAAGUGCUGAGGUGCAGGUGCUAGAGCCGGGCCGUCUGAGGCUGCUGGGUUGUGCCGAAGCCGUGGUAAUGGCACAGAGCCGCGUUCAGCAGUUUGUUGCCCUCUUCCAAGAGAAACGUAGCUUGCCAGCUGACCGGGAGCCCUCGGUCAAGCGAACCUUUAAGAACUUUGUGGAGGAGCGGGCAGACAAAUAUACCAUGGAACUGUUGCUUUUGCCUAGUGCCUUAAAGGAGGAGCUUCUGGGGCUGGCGCAGAGCCCCACACAGCUUAUUAUAGACGUGGAGCAGGACCGCUCUCAGACCAGCACUCCCGUCACUGAGCUCUCCAACCGAAUCCUGGUUGCAACCUUUGAGGAAAAGUCAUCCACAAAGGACAAGGCUUCCUUUGAGGACAAGUCGUCCAGCCCUGUGCCUGUUCCUGACGUGCUGGUCCUGAACGGGCGGCCAACUCAGAAGCGGCGCUCAUCCGAGAGUGAGCAAAGGGACACCAAAAGGCAGUUCUCACUGGAGAGAAGGGACGAGGACCAGGACAGAGAGAAAGCCCGUGAUGACAGCCAGACACGGACAAGGCCACCUGGCAGGAUGGCCACGCUGGUGUUGGACACUGGUGAUACAUCUGAUGAGGGCGAAGCCGUGAGCCCUGAGACCAACCUCAGGUGUCUGGUGAACUUCUUCAGAACCAUGGGCUACCAACAGGAUGUGGUAGAACGGGUAGUGCGUGAAACAGGCCAAACAGAAGACACCUUCUUGCUGCUGGAGCGCAUAGUGGAGGAGAGCCAAAAGAGCCAAGAGACCUCGCCUGUAGCUAAUCCGUGUCCCUCCACCAACUCCACUUGCGCUCGGCUCAAGGAGAAGGAACGGGUGCAGGGUCGAGCUCUCACAGAGAUCAAGCUAAAAGAGAAUAUCAAGGUGCCCAGCAGUAAUGGCUGGAACCAGAAGAGCCAAACAAUCGGUGCAGCAUCACUGGACAAUGACGACGAUGUCAUAGAGAUUGGUAGAAAAUGCAGGACAGUUGGGCCUCUGGAUCUUAAAUCAGACUCCAGGUUUGAUUACCUGUCACGGGGUGGCUCGCAGACUGUGGGGCCCAUGCGGAUGGAGACCGUGACGGCACUGCGCAGUUCUGCUUUGGAAACACGGCCAAGCUGCUCCUACCAGACCUGUCCACGAGUGCCUCUGCCACACACUGAGCCACCAGCACCGCCAAAGGCCAUUCCUCUUACGGGGAUGUCACGCUUUCAUCAGUCACUUCGCACCCCCUAUCGGUUGGUCCUGCAGGACGUACCCGGGCACCCAAACCUCCGGCACAUCAUCAUAGAUGGCAGCAACGUGGCCAUGGCACAUGGACUCCAUCGAAUCUUCUCUUGUCGUGGGAUUGCCAUUGCUGUGGAAGCCUUCUGGCGAAGGGGACAUCGAGAGAUCACCGUCUUUGUGCCCCAGUGGAGGCAGAAAAAAGACCCUAACAUCACUGAGCAACACUUCCUUAAUCAGCUGGAGGACUUGCGAUUGCUGUCCUUCACCCCCUCUAGAGAGGUCUGUGGUCAAAGGAUAACUUCACAUGAUGACAGGUUCUUGCUUCAUUUGGCAGAGAAAACAGGAGGCAUCAUCGUCACUAAUGACAACCUGAGAGACUUUGUUACACAGUCUGAGGCUUGGAGGAAGAUCAUACAAGAGAGUCUCUUGCAGUUCACCUUUGUGGAGGAUCAUUUCAUGAUCCCAGAUGAUCCUUUAGGAAAACAUGGGCCUCUCUUGGAGCAGUUCCUGCGCAAAGACAGCUGCCCCAGAUCCACUGCAAGUCCUCUAAUGCCUCCACUGAGGACGGAUCUGCAGGCCACGCCAUCAGUUUAUGCCCAGACACAUGCCCCGUUGCCCACUCAGUCCAGAUCAGCGUCACACUGGCCCCAUUCCGGCCCGCCUGACUGGCAUCCACCUCGGCCGUCCCCUUCUCCACCUCCACAGCGCUCACCCACAGAAACUACAGAACUGAAGAAGCAGCUGUAUGACAUUUUCCCUGACCAAAAGCAGCGCAUCGACCGCAUCCUCAAUGACAACCCUUACAUGAGGGACCUGAAUGCUCUGUCAGGCCUCCUGUUGGGCUGAACACAUGACUGCUGAGCCCACUUGCACAAACGCACAAAGCAGUGUUUCAUGUCAUUGUGACUACAGAACAAUAGCGAACAUGACUUUAACUUUUUUUAUAUAAAGAUUUUGUGAUCUAAAGACUGCUGCAAGUGGGUUGUUUGUUGUAGGGAAUCUUGUUCUCUUUACUACUUUGCUUUCAAGAUUACAGAAUCCCUCCCAUGUAGCUACAAGCACAAUUAAUACACUUCAGUUUGGAUUUGCGUUAAACAAAGGUUGAAAGAUGUAAAGUCUAAGUGGAAUAUAUUUGAUGUACAUAUUUAUUACAAGUAUUCCUCUCAUAAUUUAUCAAUGAAAAAAAUCUUUGUUCUAAAAGGUGUUUUAGUCACACAGUUGUGUUUAAACUGGCUUUGCAGCAAUGGCUGCUGAAGAACAGAUGCUUAUUUUUGCUGUCAGUUUCGUUAACAAUGAUUUUGGGCAUUGGCCCAUUUGAGUCAAACUGAUGAUGCAAUAAAGUGCCCAAGUUUCCAGUUAGUCAUUUGGUUAUUGGGGUUUUAAAAAAAAGUCCUAAUUUUUUAUGCAAUUAUGGCAACGGAUUUCAUUUUAUUACUAUGAAUGUAAUAAAUGUACAUUUUUGAAGCAUGAAUUUGAAUAUUUUGGAGGAAGAUUUUAAAUUCUCUUAAAUUACAAUUGCUUCCUCUACCUAUAUUACAAUAUUCAACCUAUUCUAAUUAAGUACCAGACCUAAAUGACUGUCUUUUACAGAGUCUGUAUGAAUUCGUUGCAAAAUUCACAUUACUGAACCUCUGGCAGUGCCUUGCCAUUUCUUGAUUGUGUAACGCACCAAUUCUACAGGUGGUCGAUUAAAACAUGAAACUAUGUGGCUGACCAGUGAACGACUGUAUGAAUCUAAAGAAGUUUAGACCAGCUUUUCUACACUCUCUGAGAGCAAAUUCCUGUACAGAUUUAGAAGAAAAGGAAAAAAAUCAACUUUUAGACAUUUACAUAAAUUGGAACAGCAAUGGAUAUGUUGCACAACAUCAGUGACUUUGCUUCCAUUCUGUGUUGAUUAUGUGCGACUGAGUUAUAAUCUGUGAAUUUGUUUAUGAUCUUGGGACUUCUGAGAUUCAUCUGAAAUCACAAAGGAGAAGACCUGUGAAAAAAAACAGCCCAUUAUCCAGGUGAACUGUGGGUAUCUCACAGUGCAGCUGUUCAAACUGCUGUUUUCUUCAGUGGAAGGCAGUGUUAAUAAACGCUGUUCAUGUGUUCGUCACAUAAAAAAUGAAUUUGUGUGGUCUUUUUCCCUUUUGCUUUUGUCCAUGAAGAAAGGCAUGCCCGUGGAGAGAAGUGAUCAUUAAUCCCUGACCUGGGAGCACUGUGCACUCUAUGCCUUUGCUCAGAAUCUCAUUGUUUGAUGAGUUGAAUCAGUUGUCUCAGAAAAACGGGUUCAAUUUUAAUCUAUGAAAUCAUGUUAAUGGAUAUUUCUGCUUAUAAUCAGAAGAUGCGUUUCUCAUCAGUAGGGGGCGAUAUUGCUGUUUUCUGAUGGCUGGUCUCAGCUGACCUUGGCUUAGAAGUGAAUGACUUGCAUAACUCCUUCUUAGAACAGCAUGUUCAGUACUAUAAGGUUCAGAACUAUUGAGCAGACACUCUUAUGUAGAGCAAAGUUCUUUGUAGUCCUCAUCCAAAAAAAUUCUCAUGCUAGAACAAAUAGAUGAGGGUAGAAGAAUACUAUUAAAUUAGCACCCUGUCAGAAAGGAGUCAAUCCUAGAGACUUGGAAGGGAGCAUGGUGUAUAGCCGCAUGUAAUACAUGUCUUCAUCUAGGUGGGUCCUGGUCCAUUUUUUGGUUUCGGACGCAAGCAUUACUGUCAGGGUUGCCAGGUCCAAGAAAAAUGUCCAUCCCAAUGACAACUCAAAACCAGCCCAAAAGGAAUGAAAAGUAGCCCAAUUUUUUUCCCAUCCAAUCCAAGACAACUGCUGGAUUCCUAUAAAAAGCAUUUUAAAGAAAUGUUUAUCAUUGCUAGUAGGCCCUAAUUAAAUGUAGUAAUUAAUUAUGUAAUAAUUUGUUCAAUUUGUCCAUAUAUGUUUCAGAAAAUCAUUGCUAGUAGGCCCUAAUUAAAUGUAGUAAUUAAUUAUGUAAUGAUUUGUUCAAUUUGUCCAUAUAUGUUUCACAAAAUCGGAUUUUGAAUUCAGUAUAGACAAUUUGCUGUCAUCCAGGAAUUUGAACAAAGCAUUUGCUAUGGUCAGUGAAUCCCCAGCUAUCACAUGUAUCACUCCUGCAAAAGGUGCUAGUGAUUUUUUAGAGCUUCUUGCUGUAAUAUCUGAUGUCUACUCAGAGUUGUUUUCUGGUCGUGACAGCAGUCAUCAACAAUAAGAGAGCAUGGUCCACUUCCUAUAUCCGCCAGAAGGUGGUGGUCUGCUGGUCCUAUCAGCGAAUUAAUUAGAGCUGUGCAUUUCGUUCUGUAUAAACUGACACCUUGAUCA